AUGGAUUUAAUUAAGAAAAGCAAGUUUUUCAUGAUAUCCAAAUCUUGGUGUCCAGAUUGCAAUUAUACUAAGGCCAUCUUCAAGAAGUAUAAUGUUCUCGAUAAAGUUACGAUUCUUGAGUUAGAUAAAAUGGAUCCGAAGAAAGCUGAUGAGCUUGAAAAACAGUUCACUGCUAUUGCAGGUAGAAAGUGGGUUCCUACCAUUUUCUUCGAUGGUAAGGUCUUUGGUACUGAGGGUACUUUAAAGAACUUGGAGAGUACAGAUGCUACUGAGAAGGCCUUUAAGGAUGCUGGCUUACUAUAG